AUGGUUCUGAUCAUUGACCACCAGAGGAAGUUGUUCCAGCAAGAUAAUGCCAGGCCUCACACAGCACAUAACACGUUUCAGUAUCUUCAGAAUGAGAACAUCCCAGUGCUUCCAUGGCCUUCAAAAUCGCUCGACCUUAACCCCAUUGAGCAAUGUGGGAUGUCCGACGCUGAAUCUGAAGCCAGUUGUGAAAUUGAUGGCACGAGGAAACACAUAGAGAGCAGCUGUGGAGAAGCAAGGUACACAGACAACAAUGAGGAUAGAGAAUAUUUGAGAGAUAGCCCCAUGGACAACGAGUUGGAUUAUCAGAAACAGAAUGGGAUGAUGACGCACAUGCAGAGGAAAAACAGCGACUCAGAUCAUGAUACAGAUGGAGAUAGAGACACAGAUCAAAGUACAGAUGAGGACAGUGAAAUAGAUCAAGGUACAGAUGAGGACACAGACUCAGGGACAGAUAAGUAUAGGGCCAUAAAUCAAAGUACAGAUGAAGACAGAGACUCGGAUCAAGAUACAGAUGUAAAUAGAGAAAUAGAUUUAUGUAGAGAUGAGGACAGAGACACAGAUCGAAAUAUUGUCGAGGAAAGAAACACUGAUCGAAAACCUGAUGAAGAAAGAGACUCAGAGCAAAACACAGACGAAGAUAAAGACCAAUAUCAAAAUGCAGAUGAAAACGGUGGCGACGAAGCUCGUCUGAAAAGACUUUACUUAGGUGAAUCUGAAGCCAGUUGUGAAAUUGAUGGCACGAGGAAACACAUAGAGAGCAGCUGUGGAGAAGCAAGGUACACAGACAACAAUGAGGAUAGAGAAUAUUUGAGAGAUAGCCUCGGACAACGAGUUGGAUUAUCAGAAACAGAAUGGGAUGAUGACGCACAUGCAGGUGAGUACAGUGAUCGUGACAUCGAAAGAUAUAGCAAAAGAAAUGCUGGAGAAAAUAUAGACAGACACAGGCAGACUGAUCACGAUGCAAAUACAGAUGGAAAUACAGAUGAAGAUAGAGAAACUGAGCUAGCUACAGAUGAAAAUAGAGACACAGAUCAAAGCUCAUAUGGAGAUAGAGACAUAACUCAAAAAAGAGACGAAGACACAGACAUAGAUAGCGAUACAGAUGAUGAUGUAAACAUAGAUAGAAGUUCAGACUCGGUUCGAAAAACUGAUGAAGAUAGAGACAUAGAUCGGAAUACAGAGGAAAACAGCGACUCAGAUCAUGAUACAGAUGGAGAUAGAGACACAGAUCAAAGUACAGAUGAGGACAGUGAAAUAGAUCAAGGUACAGAUGAGGACACAGACUCAGGGACAGAUAAUGAAUCUGAAGCCAGUUGUGAAAUUGAUGGCACGAGGAAACACAUAGAGAGCAGCUGUGGAGAAGCAAGGUACACAGACAACAAUGAGGAUAGAGAAUAUUUGAGAGAUAGCCUCGGACAACGAGUUGGAUUAUCAGAAACAGAAUGGGAUGAUGACGCACAUGCAGGAGAGUACAGUGAUCGUGACAUCGAAAGAUAUAGCAAAAGAAAUGCUGGAGAAAAUAUAGACAGACACAGGCAGACUGAUCACGAUGCAAAUACAGAUGGAAAUACAGAUGAAGAUAGAGAAACUGAGCUAGCUACAGAUGAAAAUAGAGACACAGAUCAAAGCUCAUAUGGAGAUAGAGACAUAACUCAAAAAAGAGACGAAGACACAGACAUAGAUAGCGAUACAGAUGAUGAUGUAAACAUAGAUAGAAGUUCAGACUCGGUUCGAAAAACUGAUGAAGAUAGAGACAUAGAUCGGAAUACAGAGGAAAACAGCGACUCAGAUCAUGAUACAGAUGGAGAUAGAGACACAGAUCAAAGUACAGAUGAGGACAGUGAAAUAGAUCAAGGUACAGAUGAGGACACAGACUCAGGGACAGAUAAGUAUAGGGCCAUAAAUCAAAGUACAGAUGAAGACAGAGACUCGGAUCAAGAUACAGAUGUAAAUAGAGAAAUAGAUUUAUGUAGAGAUGAGGACAGAGACACAGAUCGAAAUAUUGUCGAGGAAAGAAACACUGAUCGAAAACCUGAUGAAGAAAGAGACAUAGAUCGGAAUACAGAGGAAAACAGCGACUCAGAUCAUGAUACAGAUGGAGAUAGAGACACAGAUCAAAGUACAGAUGAGGACAGUGAAAUAGAUCAAGGUACAGAUGAGGACACAGACUCAGGGACAGAUAAGUAUAGGGCCAUAAAUCAAAGUACAGAUGAAGACAGAGACUCGGAUCAAGAUACAGAUGUAAAUAGAGAAAUAGAUUUAUGUAGAGAUGAGGACAGAGACACAGAUCGAAAUAUUGUCGAGGAAAGAAACACUGAUCGAAAACCUGAUGAAGAAAGAGACUCAGAGCAAAACACAGACGAAGAUAAAGACCAAUAUCAAAAUGCAGAUGAAAACGGUGGCGACGAAGGUAUAGAUUCAAACAGCGACAGUGCACACGAUCGAGCAGAUACGAACGGCGCAAGACAAGUAGAUGAAUUAGAUUCAAUGGAGUCGGGUAAUGGAAACAGUGGGGAGGAUUACCCUUUUCUUCCUGAUUUAGUUCUAGAUAGAAUUAUCAGGACAACUGUUCAAAGUGCGUGGCCGCUCGGAAACUUCACCACCUCAACAAACAUCUUCACAAAUGGCUUCACAGCCGUCGUGGACGCAGAUGCAGACGGUGGAACGGGCAAUGCCAAAGAGGUUCCCAACAGUCCUGUACUCAACAGAUGUUGCCAGAAAGUAGAUGGCUACAGCUACGCGGUGUUCAGUCGUCAAAGCCCGUCUGACACGUGA